AUGUCGUACGAAACGAUUUCGGUGCGAAUGAGUCGCAGCGACUCGUCAAUCAAAUGGGGAUUCACACUGGGCCUGCAUGGAAGCAAAAUCAUAGUGGCCACGGUUGAUAGAGAAUCGUUGUCAGAUAAAGCCGGCAUGAAACCUGGAGACGAAGUAGAUUCGAUUUGUGGAAGAGACGCGCACAAUAUGAGCAUUAAUGAGGCAAAUGGCAUCGUUUUUACAGCACAUCAGGAGAUUCGCUUCAACUUGAGACGGUACGUCACCACCCAUACAUGCCUUCCAUGGACGCUUACUGAAAAAGACAACAAGUUAUUCGUGGACGAAGUACAGCCCGGAUUCGGCACUGGAUUCGGCACUGGAAACGAAAUGUGGGCAACGGAUAAGAUAAAGGGAGCGAGGACGAAUACCGUUCAUCUUCAGCUAAUUACAAAUCAUUGGACAGUUCUAAUCAACAAAGGAGCAUUUCAAUUCAAUAUCAGCCCAGUUAUCAAAGCAACUCAUCGCACAAGUAGCUUUACACGUGGUGCCCAUAACGGCAGUUAUGUCGUUAACAAUAGUCAGCCACGCGUCUAUCAUAGCCCAUCUACGUACUCUCGGCACGAACAAUCCGACCACACCAAGAUGACCACACAAAGAGCUGCUGUUCAGGAGGAACACGAGUAUACUACCACUCGCCUUCCGAUCGAACGCGCCGGUCACUCUCACCACAUGCAUCCGUUCAACACCUACAAGUACUACCUUUGCAAAAUAAAUACCGUUUUCGUCUAUAAUUCACCCAUGAACCUCUACACAACGGAAUCAGCAGCCGAGCAGUAUACAAUGCAAACUGGGCGUCCUAUAGAGUCAGCUUUCUUCCAAGCAUUUUAA